AUGGCUGGGAUCCUGUCCUGCGUGAGUGUGGCCGUCCUCGUCUACUUCGUGCAUCACGUGCGACUGUUAUUUUGCAACCAAACCGCCUACGAGUACGAUCGAUUGCGGGCGUUGUCCAAACACGGUCGGUUCGGCUCACCGAGCAUAAACAGCGACCACAUGUCUCGACGAAACGCGUACUAUGCUGGCCUCCCAAUCCCCAAGUCAUGGCUCUACAAUCACGGGCUUUGGGCUAAUUUAUAUGAGGUGUUUGGAUGCCAAACCACAAAUUCACUGCGUGAGCUUCGUCGACGACUUCCUGUACAGAUGGAGUUCAAAACACGUUGA